UUGAAACCGAAUUUCAUUCUGUGUAGACACGUUUAGCUCGUUAAAGAUGGCUCGAAAUUUUGGAAAAAUUAAAAUAUCAGAUUAUGCUAGAUUGAGUAUCAAUCCACUCAGAAAAAUCACUCAGGAACAGAAAAUUGAUCCAAAUCCUGCUAAAAGAUCAAUUACACUGCAACUUGGUGACCCAACAAUUUUUGGAAACUUCCCUCCACCUGUUGCUCUUAUUAGUGCUCUCAGUAAUGCUGUUGUACAUGACAAAUUUCCUUACAAUAUAAGUUAUGGUAAAUUUGAGGCUCGCCAAGCUGUUGCUGAAUAUUCUAAGCAUCAAGGUGAAAUUUCACCUGAUGACGUCAUUCUGUCAAGUGGAUGCUCUCAUGCUUUAGAAAUGACUGUGUUGACUCUUGUUCAACCCGGUGAGAAUGUUUUGAUACCAAGACCUAGUUAUAAUUACAAAACUUGGAUUGAUGGAAUGAAAAUUGAAACUAAAGCUUAUAACUUGGAUCCUGAAAAGUCAUGGGACAUUGAUUUAGUUCAAAUGGAAAGCUUGAUUGAUGAUAAAACUCGUGCAAUCAUCAUAAAUAAUCCAGGAAAUCCAUGUGGAAACUGCUUUAGCAAAGAACAUAUUCUAGAAAUAAUCGCACUUGCAGAACGCCGUCAAUUACCAAUCGUAGCUGAUGAAAUUUACGAACAUUUUGUGUUUCCUGGAAUUGAAUAUCAUUCGAUAAGUUCACUGUCUAAAAAUGUUCCAGUUUUGACAUGUUCUGGACUGUCGAAAAGAUUUCUAGUUCCCGGAAUUCGAAUGGGAUGGAUUAUAGUGCAUGAUAGAAAUGGUGUCUUGGAUGAAGUCAAGCAAGGAUUGAGAAAUGUGAGCGCACGCAUUUUGGGACCAAAUUCAACUGUUCAAUAUGCGCUUCCUGAUAUUUUACAAAACACUCCACAAAGAUUCUUCGUUAACAAAAUGAUGAAGAUUUCUUACAACGCUGAUCUUGCAUAUGAACUAUUAAGCAAAAUUCCUGGAUUGAAACCCAUCAAACCAAGAGGAUCAAUGUACAUGAUGAUUCAAAUUGAACUUGAUAAAUUUCCUGAAUUCCAAUCGUGCCUUGAAUUCACACAACAGUUAAUCAGAGAGCAGAGUGUGCUGGUUUUUCCAGGACAUCCUUGUUUUAACUAUCCAGGGUUUAUGCGAAUCGUUUUAACUGUAACUGAUGGUAUGAUUAAAGAAUCAUGCAGGCGUUUAAAAGAAUUUUGUGAGACUCAUGCUAAAUUGUAAAAAUUUUGGCCUAAUUUCUAUUAAAAAGAUCACAGACCUUUUAUUUUAU